AUGGCCGAGAUUACCAUCACCAGCUUCAAGUCGCGCGACGUGCGCUUUCCGACGUCGCUCGACAAGACUGGCUCAGACGCCAUGAAUGCUGCGGGCGACUACUCUGCUGCAUACUGCAUUCUUGAAACAGACUCUCAGUAUGCUGGCCAUGGCAUGACCUUUACCAUUGGCCGCGGCAACGACAUUGUCUGCGCUGCAAUCGAUCAAGUCGCCGAUCGCCUCCGCGGCAAGACCCUCUCCUCCCUUGUCGCAGACUGGGGCAAGACGUGGCGCUACCUCGUCUCCGACAGCCAGCUACGCUGGAUCGGCCCGGAAAAGGGCGUCAUUCACCUGGCUCUGGGCGCCGUUGUCAAUGCCGUCUGGGACCUGUGGGCCAAAGUCCUCGGCAAGCCCGUGUGGCGCAUCGUCGCCGACAUGACCCCCGAAGAGUACGUCCGCUGCAUAGACUUUCGCUACAUUACCGACGCCAUCACCCCGGAGGAGGCGCUGGCGAUGCUGCAAAUCACAGAGUCUGGAAAGGCGCAGCGCAUCGAGGAGGCGCUUGCCGACAAGGCCGUCCCUGCUUACACGACCAGCGCCGGGUGGCUGGGUUACGACGAAGGCAAAAUGAAGCGUCUGCUGCACGAGACGCUUGCCAAAGGCUACAAGUACUUCAAGCUCAAGGUCGGUGGUGGUAUUGAGGAGGACCGUCGUCGUCUGGGCAUUGCGCGCGAAGUCAUUGGCUUCGACAAGGGCAACGUCCUCAUGGUGGAUGCCAAUCAGAUCUGGUCCGUCCCCGAGGCCAUUGAAUAUAUGAAACAGCUGCGCGAUUUCAAGCCCUGGUUCAUCGAGGAACCCACAUCUCCCGACGAUAUCUUUGGUCACAAGGCUAUCCGCGAAGCGCUUAAGCCUUAUGGCAUUGGGGUCGCCACUGGUGAAAUGUGCCAGAACCGCGUCAUGUUCAAGCAGCUGCUCAUGAACGGCGCCAUCGACGUCUGCCAAGUAGAUGCCUGUCGUCUCGGCGGCGUCAACGAAGUUUUGGCCGUUCUCCUCAUGGCCCGCAAGUUUGGCGUGCCGAUUGUGCCGCACUCUGGUGGCGUUGGGCUGCCCGAGUACACACAGCACGUUAGCACGAUCGACUACGUCGUCGUCAGCGGCAAGCAGUCGGUGCUGGAGUACGUGGACCACUUGCAUGAGCACUUUUUGCACCCCUCUGUCAUUGUCAAUGGCUACUACCGCACACCGAUAGAGCCAGGAUACAGCGUGGAAAUGAAGCCAGAGAGCAUGGAUCAAUUCACGUAUCCUGGUGUACAGGGCGUGAGCUGGUGGACGAGCGAGGAAGCCAAGCCAAUUCUGACGGGCGAGAAGAUUUAG